AUGGAAAUGCUUAAAGAUAGAUUAUACAUGCCAAUUUAUGCCGACCGGAAAGUGUCACACAAACGAGUGAAAAUAUCAAUUAUAGGCUGUGGUCGUGAGGGAAUGGCGGCCGCAUUUUGUAUUUUAACCAAAGGCAUAGCCACUGAAUUGGCUUUGAUUGAUUUAGAUGAAGAGCUAGUCGAGGCUGAAUUGAAGGACUUGCAAGGAGCUGGUGAAUAUUAUCCAGGGUGCUUGAUAUAUGGGGGUGCAAAUUAUAAAUUGGUUUCUAAUUCUACCAUCAUAAUUAUGUGCGAGAAGGUUCCAGUGGGGGAUAGCGAAGACAGAUUAAAUCAUGCUCAACGAAGUUUGGACACAUUCAAAAUUGAUAUAAUGUGUUAUAUCGCAUGGCGUCUGAGUGGCUUCGAGAAAAAUCGUGUUUUCGGAAUUGGGACAGCUUUAGAAUCUGCCGCUUUCCGAGUUGGGAUUAGCCAAAAACUGAACGUUAGCCCCAGCGCGGUUAGAGGCCACAUACUUGGUGAACACGGACUGCAAUCAGUCCCAAUUUUUAGCUCAGUCGAAUGUGGCGGUGUUAGACUAAGAGCCGUAUACCCCGCAUUCGGAACAGAGAAAGACGCCGAGGGGUACAACAAGAUCCCCGACACAAUUAAUGCAAAGUCCGCUUUUCUGAUAAUUGACAUUGUGAUAAUAGCAAUCAAUUUAUCAAAAGCGUAA